CGGCCGGGAGUGCCUGGUGAAGAAUGUGAUGGGAUCACUAGCAUGUCUGCGGAGAGCGGCCCUGGGACGAGAUUGAGAAAUCUGCCAGUAAUGGGGGAUGGACUAGAAACUUCCCAAAUGUCUACGACGCAGGCCCAGGCCCAACCUCAGCCAGCCAACGCAGCCAGCACCAACCCCCCGCCCCCAGAGACCUCCAACCCUAACAAGCCCAAGAGGCAGACCAACCAACUGCAAUACCUGCUCAGAGUGGUGCUCAAGACACUAUGGAAACACCAGUUUGCGUGGCCUUUCCAGCAGCCUGUGGAUGCCGUCAAGCUGAACCUCCCUGAUUACUAUAAGAUCAUUAAAACGCCUAUGGAUAUGGGAACAAUAAAGAAGCGCUUGGAAAACAACUAUUACUGGAAUGCUCAGGAAUGUAUCCAGGACUUCAACACUAUGUUUACAAAUUGUUACAUCUACAACAAGCCUGGAGAUGACAUAGUCUUAAUGGCAGAAGCUCUGGAAAAGCUCUUCUUGCAAAAAAUAAAUGAACUACCCACAGAAGAAACCGAGAUCAUGAUAGUCCAGGCGAAAGGAAGAGGACGUGGGAGGAAAGAAGCAGGGACAGCAAAACCUGGCGUUUCCACGGUACCAAACACAACUCAAGCAUCAACUCCUCCGCAGACCCAGACCCCUCAGCCGAAUCCUCCUCCUGUGCAGGCCACGCCUCACCCCUUCCCUGCCGUCACCCCAGACCUCAUCGUCCAGACCCCUGUCAUGACAGUGGUGCCUCCCCAGCCACUGCAGACACCCCCGCCGGUGCCCCCCCAGCCACAACCCCUACCCGCUCCAGCUCCCCAGCCUGUACAGAGCCACCCACCCAUCAUCGCGGCCACCCCACAGCCUGUGAAGACAAAGAAAGGAGUGAAGAGGAAAGCAGACACCACCACCCCCACCACCAUUGACCCCAUUCACGAGCCACCCUCACUGCCCCCGGAGCCCAAGACCACCAAGCUGGGCCAGCGGCGGGAGAGCAGCCGGCCUGUGAAACCUCCAAAGAAGGACGUGCCCGACUCUCAGCAGCACCCAGCACCAGAGAAGAGCAGCAAGGUCUCAGAGCAGCUCAAGUGCUGCAGCGGCAUCCUCAAGGAGAUGUUUGCCAAGAAGCACGCCGCCUAUGCCUGGCCCUUCUACAAGCCUGUGGACGUGGAGGCGCUGGGACUGCACGACUACUGUGACAUCAUCAAGCACCCCAUGGACAUGAGCACAAUCAAGUCUAAACUGGAGGCCCGUGAGUACCGUGAUGCUCAGGAGUUUGGUGCUGACGUCCGAUUGAUGUUCUCCAACUGCUAUAAGUACAACCCUCCUGACCACGAGGUGGUGGCCAUGGCCCGCAAGCUCCAGGAUGUGUUCGAAAUGCGCUUUGCCAAGAUGCCGGAUGAGCCUGAGGAGCCAGUGGUGGCUGUGUCCUCCCCAGCAGUGCCCCCUCCCACCAAGGUUGUGGCCCCGCCCUCCUCCAGCGACAGCAGCAGCGAUAGCUCCUCGGACAGUGACAGUUCGACUGAUGACUCUGAGGAGGAGCGAGCCCAGCGGCUGGCUGAGCUCCAGGAGCAGCUCAAAGCCGUCCACGAGCAGCUUGCAGCCCUUUCUCAGCCCCAGCAGAACAAACCAAAGAAAAAGGAGAAAGACAAGAAGGAAAAGAAAAAAGAAAAGCACAAAAGGAAAGAGGAAGUGGAAGAGAAUAAAAAAAGCAAAGCCAAGGAACCUCCUCCCAAAAAGACAAAGAAAAAUAAUAGCAGCAACAGCAGUGCGAGCAAGAAGGAGCCAGCGCCCAUGAAGAGCAAGCCCCCUCCCACGUAUGAGUCGGAGGAAGAAGACAAGUGCAAGCCUAUGUCCUAUGAGGAGAAGCGGCAGCUCAGCCUGGACAUCAACAAGCUCCCCGGCGAGAAGCUGGGCCGCGUGGUGCACAUCAUCCAGUCACGGGAGCCCUCGCUGAAGAACUCCAACCCCGACGAGAUUGAGAUCGACUUUGAGACCCUGAAGCCGUCCACGCUGCGUGAGCUGGAGCGCUAUGUCACCUCCUGUUUGCGGAAGAAAAGGAAACCUCAAGCUGAGAAAGUUGAUGUGAUUGCCGGCUCCUCCAAGAUGAAGGGCUUCUCGUCCUCAGAGUCGGAGAGCUCCAGUGAGUCCAGCUCCUCUGACAGCGAAGACUCCGAAACAGGUCCUGCCUAAUCAUUGGACACGGACUCUUAAUAAAACGGUCUUCAGUUCCAGAUUCCUUCCCAGCAAGCUAUAGCUUAAGUCCAUUUUCUUCCGUGAAAGGGACAGGACUCCAUCAAGUUAUGGAAUUCCUCAGAGCCCUGGGCCUGUCCCCCGGGGUGGAUUAGUCAUGUCUAGCAGCACAUGCCUAGUCCCGCCUUCGGGAAGGCUGCCUGCCUGGCCAGCAGCCCGGGCCUCCCUGUGUAAAGACUGCCUGGCUGUCCUGCCCAGCCUCCCUGGUCCUCUGGGGUCCUCUGGGUGGGUGGCAUCUCCUGGAGGGUGAUGACAAUCCCCCACACUUGCAUUCAUGUGGUGCUGCUCUGUGUGCAAAGCCAGACCCCAAGUAUGUUUUCUCUCUUUGUCCCAUCCCUCUUUUUCUGGGACUUUGGACCCUAACUACUUCCCUCCUGAACCUCGCAGUGACAUUAGUCCCGGAGAGCUCUUGUUCAGUGUGCGGAAGAACACUCUGACCUCUAGAGCUGUCCCAGAUAAGGAGUGGGAGCUUUAGAGGCAAGGCCUCUAGACCCUGGAAGGCUCAGUGAGGCUCUUCCCACAGCAUGCUUCUCACUGAUACCCUAUAAGGCUCGAGCCACCACUGACUCUGAGCCUUUUGGAGUCUUUCCUCCUCCUCCGUCUCCAUUGUUCCCGUGCAUUUCCAAAAGCUUAAGUUGCCUGGCAGGCAUUUCCCCAGUUUCUUUGGCCUCCCUCUUCUCAAGUCACAUAGGGAAAGUACCUCCUGGAACCAGGCUGCUGUGUGCAGGACCUGCCGGGCAGGCACUGUUGAAGGGCCUUGGGCCCAUCAUUCCCCAACCCCACCUCACCCCACGCACCUCCUCUAGGGGGGCGAAUCUGGGCUGGUGGACCGGAGAGGGUGUCACAGACCCUCAGGGACUGCCCCAUGGACACCUCUGAUUGGUGUUAACAGUGUGAACAUUUUCCCUGUCUUCAGUCACUUAGAGUAACGACAGCCCCUGGGGUUGGGGAGGCGAGGGUGGCCACAUCAUCCAAGCCCUCCCAGAGGCACUAAUAGGCUUUUUUGCUCUAAAAAUAAAUACCGGCCCUUUUUUGGUCACAAAUCCAGCAUCUCAGCAGAAAACUGCCUGACGUGAAAAGUCCCCUAAGAAACUGCGUCUGCGUUUCAGGGGCUCUUCAUUUUUUCUUCUUUUUUAAAGUGUAGAUUGUGGGUGCUUCCUAAAGGCCUGCCUUCUUCUGGAACUGGAAGUGGGCUGUCGCCAUGGGCAAGCCCUCGGGUGCCGGCUCCCCGCCCACAUGGGAGCCCUGGCAGCUCUCCUCAGCUCCCUGGGCUUGAGCAGCUGCAACUGCCCCAGAUUCGCUGUGGAAGCAGGGGCUAGCCUUGGCUUCACCAGAGCCUCCCAGGGCCUGCAUUGAUGCUCAGGAGUUCCUGGGCUGCUCUUGAUCCUCUCUGGGCGUCCAGCUUCCAGUCAAGCUCCGUUUGCCAAACAAACUAUUCUGAGCUGCCCUUUGGCCUGCGCCUGUUGUGUUCCUGUUGCAGCCCCGCCUGGCUGAGAUGGGAGCAGGCGGGAGAGCCUUCAUGCCCAGAUUCCCACAGGACAGUUGUAAUGCUGCUGGCAUUGUCUUUCUGGGAAGGUUCUGCUUUCUUGGACCAAAUGGCAGCCUGGAUUCACAGUGUCAGGCCUGCAUGCUGCCCCUUCCCCUCCCUCCCCCCCCCCCACACACACACACACUGCGCACACACGCACAGUGCACAUGGGCCAUAGCCACAGGCCAGUUCUCCUCCAGGGUCCUUUCAGCCUCACUGUCCAGGGACCCUCUCCUUCUUGCCCAUGGGGCUUCCAUCUGGCAGCGCGCGCUCAGGGCUUGUUGAACUUGAAAGCACGUUAGACUUAAGCUGUCACCUGUGCUUGGUGCCCCAGGAACAGCCAGAGAGGACAGUGCCCACUCACUUCUCGUUGGCAGCCUCCUGUGCAGGAAGUGCCAGCCGGGCCUCAACGCACCAGCUGGCUGUGGGUCCUGAGGAGGAGCGGGAGGCGGCCGCUCAGUGCAGGCGGGGACUCCUCUCCUCUGCCCUGACCUUACCCUCCAUCCUGCCUCCUUUAUUGGAGUGGGGCUGGGGGGUGGGCGGAAUCAGUGUUUUAAUCGGAUUUUUAAAAAACAUUUUAUUUCUUUGUACAAUUACCAUCCUAUGUAAAGAUGAAAUUUGUGUUGAGUUGAAGAUUGUCAUGGAAUAAAGAUCACACCGUACUUGAGGCCAUCUUCAUGUAA